AUGAGUGAUAACAAAUUUAAAAAUGCUUUUUCUCUUUUGAGAUCACGUUUAGGAAAUAUUCGCUUACCAUCAAAUCAAAUAGACAAUGCUGAACAAACACCUUCCAUAUCAACUCCAUCUCCAUCUCCUCCAGUAUCUCUGUUGUGGAAAGUCUAUGAAGAAAAGGUAGAACAAUUCAAAGCCACUCAGACAUCAACAGCAUCCGGAAUAAUAGAAUUGGAUAGAUAUAUGCAAGAGCCAUUAAUAGAUCGGCAUUAG